AUGAUGCCCUCUCAUGUUUACGGGCAUCAUCAACUGUAUCCCCAUGGCGAUGCCUCAUGGAUGCAAACUGGCCAGCAGCAUCAAGUCGCGGCUGCCUCCGCUGCCCAACAACAACACUAUAAUCGCAUUCCUGCUAUGCACGGCUCGCUAAGCGGAUUGACCGCACCACAUAACCACGAUGCAAGCCACGAGCCCCUAAUCUCAGAAGAUAACCGUAGGACAAUGGCAUACAUUGCGGAUUUGCUAAACGAGAACACCCGCGAGGCCGCUCUUCUUGAACUGAGCAAAAAGCGAGAGCAAGUUCCGGAACUGGCGCUAAUCCUAUGGCACUCAUUUGGAGUAAUGACAUCUUUACUUCAGGAAAUCAUCUCAGUUUAUACUCUCUUGAAUCCCUCUCAGCUCACCGCGGCCGCAUCAAACCGCGUUUGUAACGCGCUUGCUCUUUACAAUGCGUUGCAUCUCACAAUGAUACCCGUACUUUGUUUCUCAAUGCCCACAUCCCCCUUUUCUUGUAUCCCUUCUUGA